AUGGAGCUCUUCGAGGAGCUCGUGAAGAGAGGCCACCACCCCGACGUGGUGACUUACAACACGCUGAUCGACAGCUUGUGCAAAGCCGGGGAUCUGGAGGAGGCACGGCGGCUCCAUGGCGACAUGAGCUCUCGAGUGUCGAGAUGUUGCGUCCCAAACGUCGUCACCUACAGCGUGCUCAUCAACGGGCUGUGCAAGGUCGGCCGGAUCGACGAGGCGCGAGAGCUCAUCCAGGAGAUGAUGCGGAAGAGCUGCGACGUUCUUCCAAACAUCAUCACUUACAACUCGUUCCUCGACGGCCUUUGCAAGCAGUCCAUGAUGGCCGAGGCGUGCGAGCUGAUGAGGAGCUUGCGAGAUGGGAGCUUGAGAGUCUCUCCAGACACCGUGACUUUCAGCACGCUGAUCGACGGGCUGUGCAAGUGUGGCCAGACCGACGAGGCUUGCAACGUCUUCGACGACAUGAUUGCAGGUGGCUACGUCCCAAACGUGGUGACUUACAACGUGCUCAUGAACGGGCUGUGCAAGACCGACAAGAUGGAGAGAGCCCACGCCAUGAUCGAGAGCAUGGUGGACAAGGGCGUCACCCCGGACGUGAUCACCUAUAGUGUACUCGUCGACGCCUUUUGCAAGGCCUCCCACGUCGACGAGGCUCUGGAGCUCCUCCACGGCAUGGCGUCGCGGGGAUGCACGCCAAACGUGGUGACUUUCAACUCGAUCAUCGACGGACUCUGCAAGUCGGACCAAUCGGGCGAGGCCUUCCAGAUGUUCGACGACAUGACGCUCAAGCACGGCCUGGCCCCAGACAAAAUCACGUACUGCACCUUGAUUGAUGGUCUCUUCCGGACGGGGUGGGCGGGUCAGGCCGAGGUGCUGCUCGACGCCAUGCCCGACCCGGACACGUACGCUUUCAACUGCUGUAUCAACGGACUUUCCAAGCUCGGGGACGUGUCGAGAGCACUCCACCGGAUGCUGGAGCUGGAGCUCGUGCCUGACAAAGUCACCUUCAACAUUCUUAUCGCGGGGGCUUGCAAGGCUGGCAACUUCGAGCAGGCGUCCGCACUCUUUGAGGAGAUGGUGGCCAAGAACUUGCAGCCAGACGUGAUGACUUUCGGCGCGCUCAUCGACGGGCUGUGCAAGGCGGGACAGGUGGAGGCCACAUGGGACAUCAUGUAG